AUGAUUCAACCACAAACCUAUUUGAAUGUAGCAGACAACAGCGGGGCUCGAAAAUUGAUGUGUAUUCGAAUAAUAGGAGCUAGUAAUCGCCGCUAUGCUCAUAUUGGUGACGUUAUUGUUGCUGUAAUCAAGGAAGCAAUCCCAAAUACUACUCUAGAAAGAUCAGAAGUGGUCAGAGCUGUAAUUGUACGUACUUGUAAAGAACUCAAACGUAAGAAUGGGACGAUAAUACGAUAUGACGACAAUGCCGCAGUUGUCAUUGAUCAAGAAGGAAAUCCAAAAGGAACUCGCGUUUUUGGGGCGAUCCCACGGGAAUUGAGACAAUUAAACUUUACUAAAAUAGUUUCAUUAGCUCCUGAAGUAUUAUAA